CUUUACUACAGGUUACACACUUCUUGUAGAGUAACAAAGGAAACUGGUUUCUUGCACUUAUAUGUUCGCCGGCGAGCAGACACGACCAGAACGAUAUUCCGACAAGCUUCUUCGAUCACCAGAAGAAAACAUCUAACUAAAUAGUUAGGAGCAAAACCAACCUCAGGAGAUGAAGGACAUAAUAGUGAAGGCAAACGCAGGUACGCUUACAAACUUCGAAGUACUCGACUUGCUUAACUCAAGAGGUGCAUCAAUCACUACAUCAGAGUAUAAGGUGUAUGAUUACUUGAUGGAGACUCCUGCUUGCGUACAAACACUAGAGAUCAUCACAAACUUCUCUGAUCAGUGCCAAGGUUUCAAACUCGCUAAAGCCGAGAUUCUCAAUAUCAUCAAUAUCAGGCCAUCUUUUACUUUUGUACCCUCCACCGAACCACCUUCUACUGUCGAACUGACUCCGAUCUUAGAGGAGCACCCUGAACGGGGAAAGAUCGACGAACGUUGUAUACUAGCGCUUGUGGAGGCUUUGCUACCGCUACCGCCUCGUCCUAUUGUGGAAGCUGGUGGAGAAAACGAGGAAGAGGGAACAGAGGAGGGUGAACAAUCAUAACAUGGCAACUGCAGUUUUGAGGAAUGAGGAUUUUCGAGUUAAAUUUUUUAUUCUGUUUUUUAUUUGUAUAAGUAUCAUUUAACGUUUUGAGAGCUUAUAUGAAGUUUACUAGAUGCAUACAAUAUGGUUUCUUCUAGCUGAAUGGGUUAUUUUCAUUUCCAUAUAACAAUGUAGGAAAAUAUGAACCAUAUACGACGAAGGGAAAGAAACUCAUAUUCGUUCUGUUUCA